UUGCUUUCAAAUUGAAACUUCAAAAUUAAUUAAGCCGUCUAGAAAUUGGUCAAAUUAAAACAACCUUUUGAUAAAUAUUUGGAAUAUAAUUGUGAAAAACUACAACAAUGUCUAAUUAUAGCAUUAUGAGUGUGAAAGAUAUGAUCGAAAUGGCUUUCGGAGAUCCACGGAUUGACGUCGUUAAUUUUAAACUACUCCAGACGAUUUUAUACCUACUCGCACGUCAGUUACGUUUAUUAGGUCGUCGUGUUGAAGUGAACGUCGAACAUCCUUUUAUGUCACCGCCGCGAAGCACUAUAAUUGUAACUGAACUUAAAAUGCAAGCUGCGGGCCCCAAGAAGCCGAAACGAGCAAAGUUAUCAGAAACUGAUUCAACAGAUAUAACCGGUGAAAAAACUCCUCAAAAGAAAACUUCAAAGUCUAUAGGAGGUGGCCAAGAGUCUACAAAAGGUGAUUCCAAAAAAACAAUAACUGAAGCAACAAAAAGAGUUACUGAUCCCAGACAAGAUGGGGUCGAACAGAAAAGAGGGGUUCCUGAUCCCAGACAAGGUGGCACUGAAACAAGAUCAAGAGAAACUGAUGCAAAAAAAACUUUGGUUGAUCAAAGAAGAGCAGUUUCUGUCGCAAGAUACGAUGGUAAAUCACAGGAUGACCAGAGCAUAUUGGGUACAAUUGAGGAGAAAAGGGAACGUGUGCUACGUGUUAUUCGUCAGAGAGCAGAUUCACGGGAGGAAGCUGAAAAAUCUCCAACUCCAAUGGCGUCGCUUGAUUCCAUAGAGAUGCAGUAUGAAAAGCUGCUAGUCGUGGAACGAACCUCUUCAGAAGAAACCAGAAUCGGCGUUGAAGAUCCUCGCUCUACACUGAAAACACGGAGGCUAUCUGUGGUAACACAAGAUCAGUUUCAAGCAUUAGUUGAGAAGGUUCGAGAACUCCAGAGCCAGUUCGGCGGAGUUCCUUCAGCCAAAUUUCCAGACAACAUUGAACUAAUGCAGCAACUAAGAAGAGGAGCCUCGCUAACUGACGCUAUGGCCGCCUUACAAUUGUCAGCUCGUCUCGAAGCGGCUGAAAAAACAUUAGGUCAAAUGUUAUCACUUCUUACUACUAUAGCUGGUGGUACUCCCGGAAUAGACGCAGCAACAACUGAGGCUUUAAAGAGGGCAACUCUCAAGGCACGGGAAACAGCUUACGGUGACAAACAAUUGACAGAGCAAUUCCGUGCAAAGGAUCGCGAUAAGUCACCAACUCUGAAACCAGCUGCAGUACAUCCAACCGCACUAAAAACAAUCUCAGAAGAAACCAAACAACCAUCAACUUAUACAUACACUCAAAGUGCAGCUGGCCGACCAGAAAGUGUAUUAGAAGAGCCUGUUAUAAAAUUUAGUGAUCUAAACCAUGCAUUAGAAAAAAUACAAGGCGAAAUACUUACUGAAGUCAGAACUUUAAAUAAUGCUAAUACUGAAAGUGCUGCAAAUGCUUUGAGGUUUACAAGGAAAUUAGAUUCGAAAAUUGAGGCGCUGACACAACUAGGACCGAAGAUGAAUGAUUUAGAAAAGCUUGUAACAAAUUAUGCUGAACAAAUUAACGCUUUGGACACUGGCUUAAGUGCACAGAUGACUGACUACCAUGAAAACUUGAAUCAAAUGCAACACGACUUGGAGAUUGCUUUGGAGACAAUGGCCGAGGCACUUGCUAACACCGGCUCUGAUACUGAAAUUGUAGCCGAAUUAAACACUAAACUCGGAUUUGUUCAAGAAGAUAUUGAUAGAGCAGCGAUAAAACAAAAGGAAUUAAUGGAAAUGCAAAACGGUCUACAUAUAGAACUACGAAGUAUAUGGCAAGAAAUAGAAGUUUUGAGGGAGGUAAAACCCGAUAGAGAUGAAGUUGCGGAUGCUCUUCGUGAUAAAGCCGGACUUAAAGCAUUGAACGGUCUUGUGUCACACAACCAUUUCGAUGCCGUACGUGGUGAUUUCCAAAAGAGUGUCGCUGCUGCUUACGACAAAUUUAACAAUCAAGAAAUAGUCUGGCAGAAAGCUAUUGACGACAUUUUUAGGGAACUGAGCGAAAAAGCUGACUACGUUCAACUGCAUAGCUUGUCUAAUGAUAUCGAUAAUAAAUUCAAAAUGCUAAACAGCAGAGCUCAAUUUAUCAUGGACAUUCUCGGAGAACCAGUCGCUGCAGCUACUACCAAAAAGCUUUUCCGUGAUUCCGCUUGUCUGUCUUGUUCCACGCCUGCACAUAUGGAGCCGAUGGAAUCCGAGACUAUCCCGAAACUUCCAGAAUUUCCAAAGUCAGCACAGAAAGGUGUCGACACAGAACGUACUUCGAAACCCGCACAAGACAACGUAUGCAUACCGGGUAGGCCUGUACCUCAUGCAAUAGACCCAAGAUCUGAAUUCUGCAAACGUUAUUGUGGUGGAGGUGCUGUAGGACGUCCAAUAAAGAAAAAUGAGGCAAUAAGAUACGUCUCUUCAACUCUUAAAACAACUUCCAUAGGAACCGAUGGGAAAACUUACAUGACAGAAGAACCUUGUCAACCGUGUGUACCAUGUAAUCAACCACGUUCCGAAACCAUUCAGCCCUUAGAAACUGAUAAAGCUCCAAAAUUAAAAGAGGAACUAGUAUCUGAUGUAACGGCACCGUCAGAUUUUUUCAUGCAGGAAGUAUCUGGUUUGGAACAAAAGACUGAGACGAGGAAUGGCGUUUCUGUUACACCAACACUCCCUUUAGAUGACGACUAAAACUGUAAUUGACUUUUACAUACAAAUGUUCUUACAAUAAAGGUUUUAUUUAUUUUUUA